CCCAGGAUGCAAGGUUUUAAAAGUAUCCGUUUUCUUUUUUUAUUUAAAGAAAAACCUGAGUCAUAAAGAUUAAGAACUAACCUUCUUGUUGUGCCCUUACGCACUAAGCUAUAUAGAGAUAUUCAGCAUUUUUAAAGAAUCAAUUUGAAGCUGCUGUAUCAGCUCCAAUUAUUCCUGUGCCAAACUUGAUGGAUUACUUUUCCUGAAUGACUGAAUAUGGCUUCAGCUGGCCUGAUGUUAAUUCCUAUGCAAGAAAAAUGGAGUGAGAAGAAUACGCUAAAGAACACACUUAUCCAGUAAAUGAACAGUCAAGCAGCCAGAAUAGGCACUUCUUUUGAUUUUGGAGCAGCUGAAUAGUAUGAUUAGAAGGAAUUCAGCAGGAAAAGGAGAUCAAGAUGAUUACAAAACUACAUGUCACAAUUCAAACCAGAGUGGUGGAGGAGUGCAGAAAAACCAGAUUGGGAAGAAUGUUUCGAGGAAGGAGAAGAUUGACUUUCUUUUGAAAACGCUUCUUGAUCUCAAGGAUAGUAAAGAAGCUGUCUAUGGUGCCCUUGAUGCCUGGGUCGCAUGGGAGCACAAUUUUCCUAUUGCAUCGCUUAAAAGGGUCUUGAUUUUACUUGAAAAGGAGCAGCAGUGGCACAGAGUUGUCCAGGUAAUCAAAUGGAUAAUUAGCAAAGGGCAAGGAAAUACAAUGGGAACAUAUGGACAGUUAAUAAGAGCUCUAGAUAUGGACCAUAGAGCAAAUGAGGCUCACAUGUUUUGGUUGAAGAAAAUUGGACUUGAUCUUCACUCAGUGCCAUGGCAGUUAUGCCAUCGUAUGAUAUCUGUAUACUAUAGAAACAACAUGCUAGAGAGCCUUGUAAAGCUUUCCAAGGGCCUGGAAGCUUUUGAUCAUAAACCUCCUGACAAAUCAAUCGUGCAGAAAGUGGCAGAUGCAUAUGAGAUGUUAGGUAUGCUUGAAGAGAAAGAACGUGUACUCCAAAAGUACAAAGAUCUUUUCAAGGAGACAGAGAAAGGACGUCCCAAGAAAUCUAGAAGCACCUUAGCCAAGAAAAAGUCAGGGGAUACGAGAAAUGCAUAAAAUUCAGAUGCCAAUGCUGAUGACUAGCAGUCAAAGUUCAUCAUCAGAUGUAAAUUCCCUUUAGUCUAUUUGCAACAUACAAAAGGGUAAUAUUUCAUAGAAGAGCAUCUUUUCCGCUCGCUUCUACCAUUUUCAAGGCUUUUAAAAUUCCGAGCAGUUCUAGCGUGGUCUAGUCACUACUGCUUAAUGCAAUGGGAGACGGAUGUAGCCGGCAAAGAUAUAUAGAUUGAAAGUAUUUUAGUGGUAGUGUCUCACUAUGCUUUCAUUGGUGGAAGACUAAUUUUUCAGGUGGAACAUCCAGCAGGAGGCUGGUAUAGUGCUGUUUGAUAUCUUGGCACAUGGUGCAAAUAUGCAGUUAUUACAAAAUACUAA